AUGGCGGCCGUUUUGGAGUCGCUGCUGCGAGAAGAGGUGUCGGUCGCAGCCGCCGUGCGGUGGAUCGCGCGCGGCGCCGAGAGUUCCGAGGAUGACCCCGGGGAGGCGGCCGCGCUGAACUCACUCCGGCCCCUGCAGAAGGAAUUCGUGCCGUUUCUGCUGAACUUCCUGAGGGAGCAGAGCAGCCGUGUCCUCCCACAGGGCCCCCCAACCCCCGCCAAGGUCCCGGGCUCCUCGGCAACACUGCCAGGGAGGCCCGGGGGCCCGCCGCGGGGAGGCCGCGGGGCGCGCAGCCAGCUCUUCCCUUCGACCGAGACUUCAAGCGCUGCCGCCGCCGCCGCCGCUGCCGAGACCCCUUCGGCCCGCCGCGGGGGAAGGAGGCGGGGCCCGGGGCAGGCUCGCGAGCGAGGUGGCCGCGGCCCCGGGAGCCUGGAAGAGGGGUUCAGCGGAGAGAGCCUGUCCUGGGUAGGGGGCCGGAGGCCUAGGGCCUGUGGCAGCCCCGGCAGUCCCAGCCUCUCGCGCUCUCAUCCGCCAAACCUCAGCAACCUGGAGGAGUUCCCUCCAGUAGGCUCGGUUCCCCCCGGCCCUGCAGGCAGGACGAAGCCUUCACGCAGGAUCAACCCAACUCCGGUUAGCGAAGAGCGGUCACUCUCCAAGCCCAAGACCUGCUUCACUACACCCCCAAUCAACUGUGUCCCCAGUUCCCAACCCUCAGUCCUAGACUCUAGCCCUUGGGGCCAUGGCCUUCCCCCAGGGUGCAGAAGUCUGCAAGAAGAGCGGGAGAUGCUCAGGAAGGAGCGCUCUAAGCAGCUGCAGCAGUCACCUGCUUCCAUCUGUCCCAUCCCAGAAUCGGGGUUUUCCCUUCCCACCAGGACAGGAAACCUCACAGCUGAACCUGCUGACCCUGCGCAAGUGUCUUCCCGCCAGCGCCUAGAACUGGUGGCUCUUGUCUACUCCUCAUGCAUUGCAGAAAACCUGGUGCCAAAUCUCUUCUUGGAGCUUUUCUUCGUUCUUCAGCUCCUUACCGCCCGGAGGAUGGUGGCCACCAAAAACAGUGAACCUGAACCUAGUCCAGGAACCCUAGAUUCCCUGGAAAGCCCACUAUUUCAGACUGUCCACGAUUGUGUCUUCUUUGCAGUGCAGGUUUUGGAGCAUCAGUUUCAAGUUCUUUCCUACCUGGACAAAGGGACCUUGAAGCUGUUGGCCGAGAAUGAGCGGCUGCUAUGCUUCUCACCAGCUCUGCAAGGCCGCCUUCGAGCUGCCUACGAGGGCAGUGUUGCCAAGGUUUCUCUGACGAUGCCACCCUCUGUUCAGGCUGUCUCCUUUCAGCCAGAAACUGACAAUCGUGCAAACUUCUCCAGUGACCGAGCCUUUCAUACUUUUAAAAAACAGAGGGAUGUAUUUUAUGAGGUGCUUCGAGAGUGGGAAGAUCGCCAUGAGGAGCCUGGCUGGGAUUUUGAGAAGGGCUUGGGCAGCAGGAUCAGAGCCAUGAUGGGUCAACUCUCUGCAGCCUGCAGCCACAGUCAUUUUGUUCGGCUUUUCCAAAAACAACUUCUCCAGAUGUGUCAGAGUCCUGGUGGUACCGGGGGCACUAUCUUGGGUGAGGCUCCAGAUGUGUUAAGUAUGCUUGGAGCUGACAAGUUGGGGCGGUUGCGGCGCCUACAGGAACGGCUUGCGGCCCCUCAGAGCAGUGGGGGGCCCUGUCCACCCCCCUCCUUCCCAGGCUGUCAGGGAUUCUUCAGGGACUUCAUCCUGAGUGCCAGCAGCUUCCAGUUUAAUCAGCAUCUCAUGGAUAGUCUGAGUUUGAAGAUCCGGGAGCUCAACAGCCUUGUCCUGCCUCAGCCUGAGCCUAGUGAUGAAGAUGGGGAGUCAGAUGUGGACUGGCAGGGUGAACGGAGACAGUUUGCUGUGGUGCUGCUCAGCCUAAGGCUUCUGGCUAAAUUCCUGGGCUUUGUAGCUUUCAUGCCCUACCGGGGGCCUGAACCACCCCCAACCCGUGAGCUCCAGGACUCCCUUGUGGCCCUGAGGAGCCAGGUGCCCCCAGCCCUGGAUGUACGAGCUCUGCUGCAGCAGGGGCUGCAGGCCCACCGAGCGGUGCUCACAGUACCCUGGCUGGUGGAGUUCCUUUCACUGGCUGACCACAUUGUUCCCAUGCUGGACUAUUACCGCAGCAUCUUCACUCUCCUGCUACACUUACAUCGGAGGUUGGUUUUGUCAAAGGAAGGUAAAGGGGAGAUGUGUUUCCUGAACAAGCUGUUGCUGCUUGCCGUCCUGGGCUGGCUUUUCCAGAUUCCCACAGUCCCUGAGGACCUGUUUUUUCUGGAAGAGCAUCAGCUGGAUGCCUUUGAGCUGGAUACAAGAACUUCAGAGCAGAGUUUGGAUGGCAUGCCUGUGGUGGACCAGCACCUGCUCUACAUUUGUUGUCCCUACAUCGGAGAGCUCCGCAAACUGCUUGCUUCGUGGGUAUCAGGCAGCAGUGGGCGGAGUGGGGGCUUCGUGAGAAAAAUCACCCCUACCACCACCACGGGCCUGGGAGCCCAGCCUCUGCGGACCACCCAGGGGCUGCAGGCCCAGCUGGCCCAAGCCUUUUUCCACAACCAGCCACCCUCCCUGCGCCGGACUGUGGAGUUUGUGGCAGAGAGAAUUGGCUCUAACUGUGUCAAACAUAUCAAGGCCACACUGGUGGCAGAUCUGGUGCGCCAGGCAGAAGCACUUCUUCAGGAGCAGCUGUUGACGCAUGGACAGGAAGGGGGAGAUCCAGCCCAGCUGUUGGAGAUCUUGUGUUCCCAGCUGUGCCCCCACGGGGCCCAGGCAUUGACCCAGGGGCGGGAGUUCUGCCAAAAAAAGAGCCCGGGUGCUGUGCGGGCGCUGCUCCCUGAGGAGACCCCGGCAGCCGUUCUGAGCAGUGCAGAGAACAUUGCUGUGGGGCUUGCAACAGAGAAAGCCUGUACUUGGUUGUCAGCGAACAUUACAGCGCUGAUUAGGAGAGAGGUGAAAGCAGCAGUGAGUCGCAUGCUUCGAGCCCAGGGUCCUGACCCGGCUGCCCGGGGGGAGCGGAGGGGCUGCUCCCGUGCCUGUGAGCACCAUGCUCCCCUCCCCUCCCACCUCAUCUCCGAGAUCAAAGAUGUGCUCUCGGUGGCCGCGGGGCCCCGGGACCCUGAAGAGGGAGUGUCCCCAGAGCAUCUGGAACAGCUCCUAGGCCAUCUGGGUCAGACACUGCGGUGCCGCCAGUUCCUGUGCCCACCUGCCGAGCAGCAUCUGGCAAAGUGCUCUGUGGAGUUAGCAUCCCUCCUUGUUGCAGACCAGAUUCCUGUCCUAGGGCCCCCCCCACAGCACUGGCUGGAGAGAGGGCAGGCUCGAAGGCUCCUGCACAUGCUGCUUUCCCUGUGGAAGGACGACUUUCAGGUGCCUGUUCCCCUGCAGCUGCUGUUGAGCCCAAGAAACGUGGGGCUUCUGGCGGACACUCGGCCAAGGGAGUGGGACCUGCUGCUGUUCUUGCUCCGGGAGCUGGUGGAGAAAGGUCUGAUGGGACGGAAAGAGAUAGAGGCCUGCCUGGACAGCCUCCGUGAGGCCCAGUGGCCAGAGGACUUCUCUGAAGAAUUAGCAACACUGUUCAGCCUGUUUCUAGCUGAGCCGCAGAUGCCAGAACCCCAGCUAAGAGCUUGUGAGCUGGUGCAGCCAAACCGGGGGACUGUGCUGGCCCAGAGCUAGGGCAGGACAGGGACUCUGCCUUGAUGUCUCAGCAGAAGCCUGGAACCCCGCCUGACUCUGCCGCAGGAGGAGGCCCCAGGGCCCAGCGCCACCCCAAGUGCCCACUGCUGACCCUUGCUGGCACAGGAGCAGCUGAAUGAAAUCAGGCUUCCUGCUCACAUGUGAAGGAAGUGCGUGGCUGCCUGGCCUGUCGCCGACUGCGGGCUCGGCACCCUGAGUCCUAGAGGAAGGAGGAGGGUUCGCCUGAUUCAGGAUUAUGGUGGAAAAGGCUAGAGACUCCAGUCCUGGAGCAGAAGAGUUGGCAUUUAUUACUUGGAUACUCAAAGAAAUGACGGGUGUUGGCUUGAGCCCCACUUGCUGCUAUCCCAGCACCUCUCAAGACUAUGGUUUGGGAAAUCAUGACAGAGGCAAAUGACUUUCGGCUUAACUUGUGAGUAAAGUUAACCCAUGAAUCUUGGGAGUCUACAUUUUCUUACCACCAGCAGCUGGACUGCGUUCUCCUUAAAAGUGCACAACAGUGAGGUGGGGUGCUCCUGACAGAAGCCCGGCUUUUCCCUUCACCUCCCUUCCUCCACCCUGUGCCGGUAACACUUGACUCUAGCUCCAGCUCUUGCCCUGGUGCAGGGGCAAGGACCAGAA